AUGUCGCUGGAUAGUGUGAUGGAGACCAAGGAGUCCGAGCAGCAAAUGAUUUCCACAACUCCACAUGUAGAGUUAGAAUUAGAAAAGCUUCCCCGCGACGUUUUUCGCUAUAAGCUGCAGUAUUGGCUAACGCGACACUGGUUGGUCUUGAGUGCGCUAGCAUCUGAACUUUGUGUGGCACUUUAUUGCUUUAACUUGGCACAACAGCAUACGAGUGGAGAUGAUCUAAUAGGUUUGAGUAUUAUGAUUUCAAUGGGUGCAGUUAUAAUAUGCCUGCUUUCUGCACUCGUCGCCAACGCUAUAAUCCACACCAGGGUUACAUCGCCCUCGAACAAAUUAGCUUUUAUGAGGGAGAUCGUGAGUAUCAAACCGGGCUUUGAAAUCUCAGAUUGGGACACUAUCGCUGCUAAGCUUAACCCAAUUUUUUACGCCAACAGUUCGUUAGUACCCUACUUUUUCUACGAUGGCGCAUCGUGUUACUCAUUCUUCAGAACCACGUACUUAAGGCCCUUUUUGGCACGGAAGGAGCUGGCUAACAGCUGGGGUGGUUUUUUUGGCAGAGUCCAGCCUCCUGUUGACGAUUUGCAGCCCUUUAUUGAUCAGGCCAUAGGAAUUUACGAAGAAAGGGCAAAUAAGGAUUGGCAGGAAAUGUUGGGUGGAAGCUCAUCGGGAGCUCACGAUAUGGUGUGA